UAUCUAUUUGUCUAUCUAUUCAUCUAACUAUAUAUAUCUAACUAACCAGCUAUCAGUCUAUCUAUCUAUCUAUACAUCUACUUACCGAUCUAUUUUUCCCUCCCUCUAUCUAUCUAUCUAUCAUGUAUAUGCAUCAAGGACGUGGUCUGUGGCUGGGGUGGCCUUGGAAGACAGCCCAUGCAGAGAUCGCCGUCACCGCCGCCGUCACCCCCGCGACCCUCAACACGUAUACUUUCACCUCCGCGGUUCUCGGUUGCGCGGCGUCGGCGAAGAAGCGUCGCCAGCAGUUGCGUCCGACAGUUCGUGGUUCGCGCGCGCUCAACUUCCGCGCUUCCCCCACCUCGAUCUAGUCUGUCACCCGGCUGUUCCACGCGAUAAGUCUAGUGCAGCGGUAGCCUACGUUAUAUUGCGUUCGUGGUUUUCGCGUUGAUGUCACUGUGGUGGGCUAGGAAUCAAUGCAUCACUAACUAAUCGCCACUUGAAAUAUCGCUGUUCUUCACGUGGUCAGCAAGAUAUCGUAGUGUUUUGUGCUUGUAAGGGAUGUUUAAGUGCAGUGAAAGGUCAUACCAGGAGUCGAGAUCUUAGUACUACUCUAUUUCAGCCCCAAAACAAGCGAGUGAUGUUUGUGUGAGGAUGCUAAAGUGACGUGUGAGAUCGGUGCAAGAGUCAAGACCUUACCAGUUCGCUGUGUGAUUCUUAAGCGACCCAAUGAAGUGUCUGAUUCUCUUAGUGGCUUUGUCCUGUGUGGCAGCCGGGCAGAAGCAUAACGUACCCUUGCUUACGAGACUUUUACGACCGACAUACUUCCCGACCGACUCCCUACUGGACCCCAAUGCAGUAAAAGGCUUGAGUCCACCGCCGCCGCCAUCCCAGCACCCAGCUCAGGAGUUCAGCCCGUCACCACAGCUCCCUCCCACGGCACCAGAGCAACGCAGCCUCACCUUCUCCCCCUUCGCGUCCUCCUCCUCCAAAUCCCGCACAUCCUCGCCGUUCAUCUCCUCCCCGACGACCAUAAAGUUUACUCUGGAUGAUGCUUCGACCUAUUUCCAGCCUCAGCUCGCGCCACGGGUCAGCAAGAAGCAGGACUCGCUGACCCGCUUGCUGCUAGAGUCCCCGGCGAAGGAGGUUGCUGGGGAUGAGACUGACAGUGCCCUUUCAGCUUCAGAGGACCAGUAUUUGUGGAUUGUGACGUCCCCUGAAGAAGAUACGUUGAGUACGGAUGAAGAAUGGGCCAUCGACAACGUGGAGGGGAGACAGGCGUCGGUUAAGUGGAUUCCUGAAGUCAUUAAGCCCGCAGACCAGGUUUUCAGGCCUUCCCUAUCCUUCCCCUUCCUAACUGACGCCCCAAGACCCACGACGAAGGCGACGCUGGCGGAGGAGAGCCUGGUCGCCGCCGCCUCCAACCUACAGUCCCAACCUCUCCACUUCGCCGAGCCUGACUUCAACCUCUUCGCCUUGAACCCGCUGAAGAUCGAAGACUCCAAGAGCAAAGUAUCGCUGCAGGAGCUGAAGAACGACAGGCCCUUGAGCAAGACCCCCGUGCCGCAGGUCGUUGACUUCAGCGAGGAGAAAGAGAACUCGGUGGAGAGCACGAACGAGGCGCCAUCUGCUCGACGAACUCUCCACUUUGACGAAGAGUUCCUUACGUUGAUCAAGAGCCACAACCCGAAGGAGAGCAACGAAACUGUCCCUGCAGCUUCGGACGGUAACCUCCUAUGGCUGAGGGAGGGUCUAAGGGAGAAGGCGAGACUGACAGACCGCCCUAGAACUGAACUCCCCGGCGCCUUUCUCUCCACGUUCAAACCGUCGACAUCCCCAAAGAUCGACCUCCCGGGUGCUUUCUUCUCCACCUUCAAGCCUUCACUAGCCCCGAAGACUGAGCUACCAGAGGCUUUUUUCUCAACGCUCAAGCCGUCAAAGGCCCCAAACACUGAACUCCCUGAUGCCUUCUCCUCAUUCAAGACUUCGCAAGCCCCAAAAACUGAGCUUCCCGGGGCCUUCUUCUCCACGUUCAAGCCUUCCCAAGCCCCGAAGACUGACCUCCCAGACGCUUUCUCAACAUCCAAGUCUCCUCAACCACCAAAGACCACCAAGACCAACAUCGGAGGGGUCUUCACAACGUCCCUUCGCGGCCUGGCAUCCACCCCAGCCAGCAGGGCGGAGGUACCGGCGGGAAAGUCUUCAGAAGGCCCUAAGGUGACUCCUGUGGGCGAGGUGGGCGAAGUGGCGCACGAGGACGAGGGUUCAGAGGCCGCCCUUGUCACGCCGCUCUCCGCCGCCCUCAAACACGGCGUCCAGAGCCUCAACGUCAGCGCCUGGGUCUCCGGGUGUCCGAAACUGUACGGCAAAGUGGAGCUGAAUUGCGCGGUGCAGCACGACGCCCUGGCCAAAGCUGUCCUGACAAUGCGCUGGAAGAAGAAGACGUUCAAGGAUGGCCGCAUGGAGGAGGAGGUGCUGAGCGAGGAUAACCUGGUGACCCUGAAGGACCCCCGGAUCUCCCUGGCGCGGCGGGGGGAGCACUACAACCUCGCCGUCAAGGAUUUCCGCGCCCAGGACUGUGGCAGCUAUGAAUGUGAGGCGAGGGCUGCGGAUACUGUUUCGGCCUCCCAGCUCCUCCUCUUCAUGUGCCACUGAGCCAAGAGGGGUUUCAGGGUGGGGCUAUGAAUGAGCUCCUUUCUUAACCUAGCCCAAGGGAGUAUAUGAGGGCGAACUUGGUGGUGAACGUAAAAUAAAGAUGAUAAGUGAUUUGGGGGGUUUCAGGGUGGGGCUAUGAAUGAGCUCCUUUCUUAACCUAGCCCAAGGGAGUAUAUGAGGGUGAACUUGGUGGUGAACGUAAAAUAAAGAUGAUAAGUGAUUUGGGGGGGUUUCAGGGUGGGGCUAUGAAUGAGCUCCUUUCUUAACCUAGCCCAAGGGAGUAUGAGGGUGAACUUGGUGGUGAACGUAAAAUAAAGAUGAUAAGUGAUUUAGGGGGGUUUCAGGGUGGGGCUAUGAA